AUGGGUGUCUUAGAUAUCAUCUCUGAGCUCGGUAAAUCAUGUCAUUGUCACUUGCACCACCAUAGUAAGCUCGUGAAAAAGCAACUUCAGGUUGUGGAGAUAAAAGUGAAGAUGGAUUGCGAAGGGUGCGAGAGAAAGGUGAAGAAAUCAGUGGAAGGCAUGAAAGGAGUAACACAAGUGGAAGUUGAACCAAAACAAAGUAAGCUCACUGUAACUGGGUACGUGGACCCAAACAAAGUGUUGGAGCGCAUGAGACACCGUACAGGAAAGAAGGCCGAAUUUUGGCCUUAUAUCCCAUACGAUGUAGUUCCACACCCUUAUGCACCCGAGGCAUAUGACAAGAAGGCGCCACCAGGAUAUGUGCGAAAUGUGCUGCAGGAUCCAGAAGCUUCGACGCUUGCACGUGCCAACUCCUUCGAGGUUAAGUACACCACUGCAUUUAGCGACGACAACCCAAAUGCUUGUACAAUCAUGUGAUAAUGUGAGUGUUGUUGUGUACCGUAACCAAUAGCAUACCUAAAAUUUUUUACACCGUUAA